AUGUCUUUUAACGCUACAAGAAGUAAGAUUGAAUUACCCAAAUUAGAUUGGAGUUACGAUGCUUUGGAACCUCACAUUUCAGGAAAGAUAAAUGAAAUCCAUCAUUCCAAACAUCACCAAGUUUAUGUCAAUGGGUAUAACGCUGCAAUUGAGCAAUUGGUUGAAGCGGAAGCAAAAGCUGAUGUCAAGAAAACCAUCGAAAUUCAGCAAAACAUCAAGUUUCAUGGUGGUGGCCACACCAAUCAUGUCUUGUUCUGGAAAAGUUUGUCCCCAACUUCGCAACAUGGAGGUAAGCAUCCUGACCCUAACUCUGCUCUCGGGAAAAAAAUUGUUGAACAGUAUGGAUCUGUCGAUAACUUGAUUAGUGUUGUGAACUCUAAGCUUGCAGGUAUUCAAGGAUCUGGCUGGGCAUUCCUCGUCAAGAACAAGCAGAAUGGCGGUACAUUGGAUGUAGUCACCACAUACAAUCAAGAUACUGUUACUGGCGACUUAGUUCCCUUGCUUGCCAUUGAUGCUUGGGAACAUGCUUACUAUUUACAGUAUCAGAAUGUCAAGCUUGACUACUUCAAGGCUAUUUGGAAUGUUAUCAAUUGGAAGGGAGCAAGUGAGAGAUUCGAUAAAUUGUAA